AUGCCACGUGUCCCUGCUUCGUCUCCAGUAGACCCCAUUGAUAUUCUGGAGAAGAUGAGAAAAAUGGAUUUGUUCGAGAAGGAGCUGGAAGAGAAGUUCUUGUCUGAAAAUCCGUCUCUAAAUGAGCAAUUGAAAACCGCCAACGAGAAGAUUUGUGACCUGGAAAAUGAGAUUUGCAAAGUCCGUGAAGAGUGUGAGCACUGGAAGAAUGGCUACGAAAACCUUUUGGAAUCGAUGAGCGAUUCAAAAGGGUUUGGAUAA